CACAGCUCUCACAGCAAAGGGCCACCUCAGGCCAUGACAUGUAACCCUGCUGCAGGUCUCAUGCUGGACCUUGUGUUUCCUUUCAGCACCAUGACCUCCCUCUCUCAGACGAAAGAGCUCUUCAGGAGAGCGGACGCCGUCUGCUUCGAUGUGGACAGCACGGUCAUCAAAGAAGAGGGCAUCGACGAGCUCGCCAAGUUCUGCGGCGUGGGGGAUGCUGUCAGAGAGAUGACCCGCAAGGCCAUGGGGGGCUCGAUGACCUUCAAGAAGGCCCUCACAGAGCGUCUCUCCAUCAUCCGAUGCUCCAGAGAACAAGUAAACAAACUCAUAACGGACCACCCGCCUCAGCUGACUCCAGGCAUCAAGGAGCUUGUGGACCAUCUGCAUGAACGCAACAUAGAAGUUUUCCUCAUUUCAGGGGGCUUUCGCUGUAUCGUUGAACACGUGGCCACUCAGCUGAACAUUCCUUUGCAUCACGUCUAUGCCAACCGGCUCAAGUUCUACUUCAAUGGGGAGUACGCUGGCUUUGAUGAAACGCAGCCUACAGCUGAGAGCGGUGGCAAAGGAAAAGUGAUCAGCAUGCUGAAGGAGCAAUACGGCUUCAAGACUGUGGUGAUGAUCGGAGAUGGAGCCACUGACCUGGAGGCCUGUCCUCCAGCUAGCGCUUUCAUUGGGUUUGGCGGGAACGUCAUCAGGUCUCAGGUCAAAGAGAGGACGUUGUGGUACGUGACGAGCUUCCAGGAGCUAAUUAAGGAAUUGGAGAAGAUUUAAAGAUGCAGGAAGGGCUCUGUUACAGAUUUAGAAUUUUAUAUUUGCACCCAAAGGUGUGCCACUGGUGGAUUUAUUAGCCAUCGCACGCUUCUCUUUAGAGUCGAAUAGAUUUUUAUAAUGAAACUGUUUACACUAGUCUGAAAUUGACCCUAACUGGGACGUUGCCAUAUUGACUUUUAUAACAUAAAACAGCUAAACACGAUCUGUGUGGAAGAUUUUAGUGUUAUUCUUUUUGCACUUUUCACAUCCAAACCUCAUGAUGUAGGUGUUAUAUCAAGGCAUGUGCAAUGAGCGACUUAUUUCAGAAAUGUGUUCUGUACUAAAGACUGUAAUUAGU